UUUAAGCUUUGAAAGUGACAUUUAACCUUUAAACUUUAACCCGUCGCUCGACUCCCGUUUGAUGCCAGGUCUAAACGAGUUGCGUCCCUUGGCCAGAAAUCUAUCUCACCUUUUGCGCUUGAAAGCGGCUGUUUCAAGUUUUCGUAUUGUAGCCGAUGUUGCGGCAAGUGCUCAGGGCGCGCAACUCUGUAUAACAUCGAGAGUUCUGCCCCUUGAUUGGUGGCGUUCAUGUGUGGAGUUAAUUCAUAUUUUAAUGACUGAGACUCAUUGGCUUUUCUAAUUGCGGCGGUGUAAAGAGGAAAUGUUUCUCAUCCGUCCUUAACCAAACAAAGGUCUAAAGGAUUGGUCCAAAGAAAGGUGAGGGGAUUGUUGUGCUCAACAGAUUGUGGUCAACGGAUUGUGGUCAACGGAUUGUGGUCAACGGAUUGUGCUCAACAGAUUGUGGUCAACGGAUUGUGCUCAACAGAUUGUGGUCAAGAUAUUGUGGUCAAGAUAUUGUGGUCAAGAUAUUGUGGUCAAGAUAUUGUGGCCAGCCACUUGUGGUAGAUAGGUCAGUCUAAAACUGGAGUACGAGAGCAUGUUUGGAUAAUCCAAUUUUUCUUCGCAACAAAUCUGUUCCACGGACAGAUCAGAGAUCUGUUGUACCAGCAAACCACCAGCCGGUAGCAGUAUGAUGAUGGUAGCAAAAGCUAGCCGCUAGCGAAAGUAGCCGCUAGCUUGUUGGUUGUUUGAUGAAGCAAGAAAAAAUGUGUGAACUGACAUAUUGGAUGUUGAUCUGACACUUGGCCACCUGACAUCUGGCCACCUGACAUCUGGUCACCUGACAUCUCUAUUUCAUCAAAUGACAACACUGAUGUUGACCUAACCACACCCACUCACCAUCACCAUCUCCAUCUCCAUCACCAUCACGAUCACCGAGACCAUCAGAAGACCAUCUGUCAUGGCACCAUAUUUCCUGCUGUUGUUACCGUUACUGUUGACGGAAGUGACGUCAUCCGUCCAGGACCGAGAGGGCUGUGAAGACUCACUACACAACGUGACCUACAGCAAGGUGUACCCUGUCCUAAACAAGCACCAGGCCGCGGGUCUGCUGCUAGUUGGUUUUGGCGGGAUCUCAGUUCUGCUGGCGCUGUUUUACGUGGCUAUCCGGAAACACGUCUUCCACGACGCCGACAACCUUGACACGACCUUUGACGCCGGGGGCAAGGUCUCCACCAGCCUGACGGCCGUCACGGUGGCCAGCCAGCUGCUUUGGCCAGGUGACCUUUUGCAGAGUGCCACGGUGGCCAUUAAGAACGGAAUCGCCGGGAGUUUCUGGUACACCAGCUGUGCUGUGGUCAACAUGAUUCUGUUUCCGGUGCUCUCUGUCCAGUUUAAAACUCGCGCACCUGGUGCCAAAACUUUCCUGCAGGUGAUACACGCCAGGUUCGGCAACCUCGCUCACAUCGUCUUCUGCUUCUUCGCGCUGCUGAUGAAUCUGAUGGUGACUAUCUGUCUGCUGACCGCAUCAACUGCUCUACUUCAGGCGCUGGUCAAGGACGCUAGCGGGGAGUAUUGUGUUCUCAUCAUGGCCACCUUGUUUGGCAGCUACUCAUUUAUCGGAGGUCUGGGCUCGACCUUCUACGUGUCCUACUUCAACACCGUCAUCAUCUUCGUCUGCCUCCUCUGCUUUACGGUCAGCAUCUUCUACGACGGGGACAACGCUGGCACCUUCAAGGCCAUCGACUACGUCUUUGACAAGGUCAACUGUCUGAUGGGGCCGGAGAACAAUGAGGAGAGGAGCUACAUCACCUUCUGGUCGGAGGGCGCCAUCAUCUGGGCCGUCCAGGGUUUUUUCGCCACCGCCUCCAUCACGUUCUGCGACCAGGCGUCCUGGCAGAGCCGCAUCGCCGCCAAGCCGGUCCAGGGGGUCCUGGGCUUCUUCGCCGCCACCUACAUCUGGUUCGCCAUCCCGUCAACCAUCGGGACAACCCUCGGGUUGGCUUACCUGGCCAACACGGCAGACGGCAACAACACCAUGGUGCUGGACGAUACCGGGGACAUCGACCUGGGUCUGGUCACCGUGUUUAUGGCCCAGUCCGCCAUGGGACUGGCCGGAAGUUACAUGGUGCUCACCAUGCUCAUCAUGGCCGUCAUGUCUUCCGGUUCCGGUGAGGUCAUGGCCAUCUCCUCCAUCAUCGUUUACGACAUCUACCAGACCCACUUCCGGCCGUUCAAGCGUACACACAGCACUGGUCACUGUGUCUUGUGUGGAGAGGUCAAGCCGCGGGAAGCGUCGUCUGAGACGUCUGCUGACAAGUGUGCAACAGACGAGCAGUCCAAGUGCUGCCAGUGUCCCCUGGUGUCAGAGUGCAACAGUUGCUAUGACGACAUGAGGCGCAAGUCGCAGGAGGAGAACGUCCAGAAGGUUUACAUGUGCCCCUACCACGGGGCCUACAGGGCCUACCUAGACGCUCUGGUGACCUUCAAGUCCUGGUGCAUCCUGUGGGUCACCAUCGGCCUCGUGCCCAUCGGCAUGGUCGUGUACGUCUCGGGGGUCGACCUCAACUACGUCAUGGUCUGUGGGUUCAUACUGACCACGCCCAGCUUCCCUCCGGCCCUAAUGGCCAUCCUGUGGUCCAAAACUUCGGCCCUGGGGGUCAUUAUAGGUAGCAUAUCCGGUUUGGUAGGGGGCAUCACCGCCAACUUCAUCACGGCCUCGACCUUUGAGGGUGGUCUCGGCAACUUCCUGGCCAACACGUCACACGACUACUCCGUGCUAGCGGGGUCAACGACCGCUUUUGGUCUGUCUCUGUUGCUCACCAUUAUCAUAUCGCUGUUUACAAACAAGAUCAAGUCGACAAAGGACGAGCUGGUGGAGUGGCAGAAGGUCAGGGACAUCGACAACCCUCUGAAGCCGUGGAACGAGCUCUUCAAGGAGGAGUUCCCGCACAUGAAGGACGGCGAGAAGCCGACCUAUGACGAGCUCGACAAGGUGUUUCGCACGGCCAAACUGACCGCGUACAUCGGUGGUGCCAUCAGCCUGCUCAUCUUCAUAGUGGUCAUCCCUGGCAGCAUGGCCAGUCUGCACGUGCUGGACAAGGUGGAGUUCAGGACCUGGGUGGUCAUUUUACAGAUCUGGACGUUCGUCAUGGCUGCCGUGGUCAUCAUUGUGGCGCCCGUGGAGGAGAUCAUCGUCAUCUUCCGGCAGAUCCGGCUCAACAUGAAGACGGACAUCCGGUCUUCGCACUUCAACAGUGACGUCAGGGGCAACCACAGCAUUCAGGACGACGGGGCAGGGGUCAACUUGGUGCCCUUCAACUCGGACCGUAACUCGGCCUUGAACUUGUAAAACUUGACCUUGCUAGAGAAAGUAGCCAGUUGUACUGCCGUGCAGUACUUAAAUCAACGAGGACUCCAGAAUUAUGUAGAGAUUCAGCACUUGAAUGACUGCACAUCGCGGGAAAUAUUCAAUGGUUUUUUUAUUUGUAUAUUAGAUAUCACUGCUACAUGUAAACCAAUGUACAAAAUAUAGUGUACAACAAACAUGUACAACAAAUCAUACACAGCAAAUCAUCUGCAACAAAACAUGUACGACAAAACAUAUGCAACACGUCAUUUGAAAGAGGUCAUGUGUUAGAGGUCAUGUGUUAGAGGUCAUAUGUUAGAGGCCAUGUGUCAGAGGUCAUGUGUUAGAGGUCAUGUGCAAGAGGUCACUAAGUUUCUCUAGUUAGAUCCUGCAUCUUUCACUCACACUAGAUGAUAGCUGUUGCUGUUCAGUGGGUCUUAACCUUUUUGGAGAUACCGGACCCCAGCAGUCUCAAAUGUGAACUCACCCAUCUUGUCAACAGUCAUCUUUCCGUCCAGGGUUCGAGUCUAGUCUAGAGAAACCAGUCAUUGUACUCUAUUUAAUCACCAUCAGACCACACAGUCAUUGUAUAUAUAAUCACUAUCCAAACACACUGUCGUUAUACUCUAUAUACUCACCACCACACCACACUAUACUCUAUAUACUCACCACCACACCACACUAUACUCUAUAUACUCACCACCACACCACACUAUACUCUAUAUACUCACCACCACACCACACUAUACUCUAUAUACUCACCAUCACAACACACUGUCAUUGUACUCUAUUUAAUCACCAUCAGACCACACAGUCAUUGUAUAUAUAAUCACUAUCCAAACACACUGUCGUUAUAUUCUAUAUACUCACCACCACACCACACUAUACUCUAUAUACUCACCACCACACCACACUAUACUCUAUAUACUCACCACCACACCACACUAUACUCUAUAUACUCACCACCACACCACACUAUACUCUAUAUACUCACCAUCACAACACACUGUCAUUGUACUCUAUAUAAUCACCAUCAUAGCACACUCCAAUUAUGCCAUACAUUUUGACUAUUAUGGGCAGGGGGUGGUUGAAAUACGUAUUUUGAUAUUACUAACGAUUUUAUCUUAAACUGUAGGAGUAGUUCUUAGACAACAUGAAGUAGUGAGAUUGUUUGAAUUAAUAAUUCGACAUUAAAUAAUAAUGAAAGGGAAGCAACUGUAUAAUAAAUCACAAAAUUGAUUAGCUUCCCUUGGAUUAUUUCUUAUGAAUGUUGUGUAUAGGACAAUUUUUUGCAGGUAUUUUGUCACG